ACCUUCCGGGUUCCCUCGCUCCCUCCCCCGGCCGUUUCUGCGGUGGGUGCUGGCGGGGCUUUCCGCCGUUCCUUGGAAGAGCAAUCCCCCCACGGCGGCGAGGGAGAGGGGCGGUGGGAGCGCGCGUCGACGUCGUCAGGCGGAAGGGAAGCGGCCUCAGCGCCUUUAAAUGGCAUUGCUUGUCAUCUGAGCAUGCUCCUGUGUGGGCAGGCGAGGGGUAUAUAUAUAUCGGCGGGGAGCGCGGGGAGAUCCAGCCAGGCGCGGAAGCAGCGUGGCGAGGGGACACCAGCGGAGCGCGCGCUUCUUUCUGCCAGUCGCCGCCACCAGCAGGAUUUACCCGCCUCCCCAGCGCGCUUUUUCGGCUGCGAAGCGGCAGAAGCCACCCUCUCGCCCCACCUCCGGCGGCUUUCCCGCCUUUUUCGCCCGGGUCUCCCUCGCCUUAGAGAGAGAGAAACGCCUCAAGGCAGCGAAGAAUAAGAAGCAGCACAAAGCGAGACCCAAGCGCGAGGCGCUCUUCGGGGCGCUCGUUUGCUGGCGCGCGCGCUCUCUUUCUCGGCGUUCCCUUUUUUGCUGCUUUUCUCUUUCCCCCGCUCGAUGGCUGCCGCCGCCGCCAAGCCCGCGGAGCUGAUGGGCAUCUGCUCGAGCUACCAGGCGGUGAUGCCGCACUUCGUCUGCAUCGCCGAGGAGUUCCCUCAGCCCACCCGGCCGGCCAAGCUUCCUCGGGGCAAGCAGCGCAGACCCCGCCAGUCGCGCUUCAAGACGCAGCCGGUGACCUUCGACGAGAUCCAGGAGGUGGAGGAGGAAGGGGUCUCCCCCAUGGAGGAGGAGAAAGCCAAGAAGUCCUUCCUGCAGUCCCUCGAGUGCCUCCGGAGGAGCACCCAGAACCUCAGCCUGCAGCAGAGGGAGAAGAAGCUCAGCAGCUGCAGCCGCCUGAGGAACAGCCUGGACUCCAGCGACUCCGACUCCCCGCUCUGAGGGACCCGGGACGGGGGCAUGAGAAGCGGGCAGGACAGGACGGGACACCCGCCGCCCCUCUCUGGCCCCGCGCUCCCCAAGGCGCCGCGCUCCACAAGGAAGUGAAACCGAGAGGAACUCCGC